AUCAAAACUAUGACAGUUCAGAAAAUAACGCAUCCAUAAACAAGAAGACUAUUGUCUAUUGUAGAAAUGAAAUUGAAUAUGGCGUACAAAAAUAACAAGGGCGCUAAAAGAUUAUUUUCGUUAUUCAUUAAAAUUUCAAUUCAGUGAUUGAUAAAUUAUUAUAGUUAAAAAGUAACAAACGGUAUACAUUUUACGCAAAAGGUAUUAGUGCAUUAGUAGAUCGAAAAUGUCAACAAGGAUAAGGGUGAAUUUCGAAAUUGGACAUGAAGUUUCGAUUAAAUCGAAGAAAACUCCCGAAGGUUUCACUCAUGAUUGGGAAGUAUUUGUGCGCGGUCAGGAAGGAGCUGAUAUAAGUCACUUUGUUGACAAAGUAGUUUUCCUGCUACAUGAAACUUUCCCAAAGCCAAGGCGAGUGGUCAAAGACCCACCAUUUCAUAUCAAGGAGUCAGGGUAUGCAGGCUUUUUGUUUCCAAUUGAAAUUUAUUUAAAAAAUAAAGAUGACCCAAAAAAAAUUAAAUUUAGCUAUGACCUAAAUUUACAACAAAGUGCUUUUCUGAGAGAUAGAUAUAUAUUCCAAAAUCCAAAUGAUGAAUUCAGGAAAAAAUUGUUGAAGGGUGGUGGAAUAAUAAUGAGUAAUGAUACAUUCUAUACUAAUCCUGACCAGGAAUGUAAGAGCAGAGAUUCCUUUACUGAUGAAAAGCCACAACUAGUCAGCAAGCCUAAACUAUCAUCAGACAAUGGUAAAAAGCAUAAAGUAAAAGAAUACAAAGAUGAACAACCACACAGAACUAGCAGCUUCGAGAAUUUAUUUGGGGCUCCUAUUCACAAGCCCCCUAAAGUGUCUCCUGAACCAAAGAAGCUGGAAAAGACUGCAGCCCCUGUAAAAUCAGAAAAAAAAGAUAAGGAAAGGUCCAGUUCAGAUAAAAAAUCUAAACAUGAACACAAAGAAUCAAAACCCGAUAAAGUAAAAGUAAAAGAGGAAAAAGAUAAACAAAAAUCAGACAGAGUCAAGAAUCAUAAUAAAGAACAAGAAAGAACCAAAGAAAAAAGUAGUAAGAGGCAAAAUGAAAGGCCACCAUCCCCUGACCAAAUUAAAAAAAGAUGUCUUAGCCCAAAUAGAAAAGUACCAAGUCCUUUGCCUAGAUCCAGUAGUGCAUCUAGUAUGAAAGAGGAACAUAAAAAUACAAAACAUACUUUGGAAAGCUUUGAACAAAAGAAACCAAAAACAGAGGAAAGGAUAGCAGAUGUUAAAGUAGAGAAAGAUAAAGAAAAGAAGAAAAAGGAGAAAAAAAGCCAUGAUAGGGAUAAAGAAAGAAAAGAGAAGAAAGAACACAAAAAAGAGAGUCACAAGACAAAAGAUUCUCCUAAAGAGCCAAAAGAAUUGCCAAAAGAAAUUCCAAAGCCAAGAGAUAUUGUAAAAGAAAAAGAAACAGUUAAAGAUUCCCCAAUUAAAGACAAACAAGUAAGACCUGAAAAGCCUAUAAACAAAUUUUCAAUAGAAAAUCUUACAAAAACUCCACCACCUGAAAAUGUGGAUCGGCAUGAGGGCCAUAAGUCAAAAGAUAAGGGAGACUCAGAAAGAAAACACAAACACAAGAAAAAAGAUAAAAAACGAGAUGAAUCAAAGGAAAAGCACAAAGAAUCCAGUAAAGAGAAAAAGCACAAACAUGAGAAGGUGCGUGAAAUGCCACCUGAGAAAGUAGAGAUAAUUGAACACAGAGAGACUCCAGUUCCUAAAGAGAGGCCCAUACCAGAGCCAGCAUCACCUAUAUCAAUUGACACAGCAUCUCAAUGUAGUUCUAAAAGUGGGUUAAAUAAAGCUAUACACAUAGCAGAAGAUAAUAACAGCAGUCAUUCUGAUUCUGAGGGCUCAAUGAUAGCAGAUGAGGAAGAUGUCAAAGUCAAGGUAGAGAACCCUUCCCCCAAACUAAAAAGGGAACCUUCACCAGAGCCUGAGCCUGAACUAGAACCGGAACCUGAGCCUGAGCCUGAACAGGAACCAGAUGUUGAAAUGGAACCUGAACCCAAGCCGGCAGUAGAGGCACCUCCGGUUCAACAAAAAGAAAAAACAAAGAAACACAAAGAUAAAUCGAAACGAGAAGAAAAGCGUCGUAGACGGAAAGCAGUAGAAGAAGAAGAUGCUGAAAAUAGAAAGGUUGCAAAAGUGGCUGACUCUGGGCCGUCAAAUAAUGAAACUGAGCACGGAGAGAGCAGUGGUUCAACAUCUAUGGAGACCAAAGUGCAAGACAAUGGAGUGUCAAGUAGCUUAGGGGAAGAUGCGGAGCCUGGUGACCUCUCCCCAGACUACAUGGUCCAACUGAGGGACUUACAGCAGCGCAUCAUGAUGAUUAAAAAUAAUGAGGAGUUAGAGAGGGUUGUAAAUCUAAUUGCAGAAACGGGAAGGUAUGAAGUGACAACACAAACGUUUGAUUUUGACUUGUGCUUGUUGGACAGAUCGACAGUACAGCAGCUGAUACAACUUGUUGGUUGCUAGCUCCUAAACUUGGACCUUUUUAGGAAUUGUAAAUACCGCUUAUAAUUGAAGCACAGAGUUAUGAGAUAGGUUCCUCUGCCUCAAGCUUUUUAUUUUACAAAAUUAUAAAACCCAAUUCACCUUAAAUUGGGUUUUAUAAUUUUGCUAUUACGCUAGAAAUAUUGCUCGUAAGUCGAAAAUACGCAUCAUGUAGUGAUAUUAAUAGGAGUAAUCUAUUAUAAUCUCAAUUGACUACUUCACAUAAAAUUUUUAAAAGGAGUUCUAAGUGCAAUAAUUUAUAGGUUACAUAAAGUUAUAAGACUGUUGAAAGAUUGUUAAAGGUAUUGUAUAUUUUGUACAUUAUAUUGUAUUGAUUUAUUAUAAUGUAAGUUAAUUAUUAAAGAGUUUUUAAUUACCCUCUCCGAGUCGAUGGGACUUAGAGAGGCUAUGUUAAAUGAUUUUGUAUAAAUCACACUAGUUAUAUAUUAUCAACACUACAUACACGACUUUUUACAAGUUAGUGAUACUUUGCACUUUUAUUUUAAACAUUGGUUUUUUUUGUAAUAACUAUGUCCUAAACAUAUUAUUAAUUUGUAAGAUUGUUAUUAACUCUACACUACAUAGUAAAUUAUAGGCAUUUUAAAGCAGGAAACCAAUGAGAUGCUAUUACCCUAGAGUGUGCAUCUUGCUAGUGUGAUUGUAUAUAGAAAACUAAUAAAAUUGGUAUUGGAUGCAGCACAUUUUUGAUGAUUUUAUUAUGGAACUUGAUCAAUUUUUAUUAAUAAUUUAGUUUGUAUCGAUUUAUUUAUUAAAUGUGUUUUUAUUGUGGCUGCUUAUUUAUAUAAAGGUACUGUCUUAGGUAAUAACAUCUCAAUGGCAGAUAUUUCUAUUAUAUUUUAGUGUGAUUAAAAAUUUCAGAUUGAUUUAUGUAAAUUAAGUUGUGUUAUACUUAUAUUUUAAUAUAACUUAUUUUAACUUAUCGCUUAUUUUGGCUAUAUAUUUAUAAUAAAUAGAGUGUAUAUUAAUAUUGUA